AGAUGAUAAAGAAUGCAUACAAAUGUACUAAAUUUUAAUGAAGGUAUGUGUUAUUCAAUAAUAAUGAGUUUACAAAAACCUCGGUGAAGAAAAUGCUACAAAUCAACUGCAUAAAAUUAUAGGAAAAAGGAUUACUCCUUCUUUAUAAAGGGAUGGGAGCUUGUGGUAAUAUUUGAUAAGCAAAUUUCAGAGUUUACUGUUUUAUGAAAUAAGAUGUGCCAAGGCUUACUCCAAAUUUCUGUUUGUAAUAUAUAAAAUGAAUUAAAGCAAAAGAGGAAUAAAAAGGAUUAAAACUGUUCUUGAAUACAAAUGCUCAACUCCAAUAAUUGUCAUACAGAAUUCAGAGCAUACCGAUAGAACACAAAACUUUAAAGGUGUUUAACUAAUAAUACAAACAAUAAAUAUAAUUGGUUAAAUAAAGAAAAAUUUGUAGUAAUAAGAAAGCAAAUUGAAAUAUUGAAUUUGGCUAGUCUCGAACUGCUUAUGUUAAUGAGAGCUGCCUAAAGGUCUAAGAACUGUUAAUACUAUGCUAAUUAUAAUUGAUAAAUAACUUUCUCAAAACUAAUUGAAGGUAUGACAAAAAAUCAAAACUAGUAGACAAAUCAUCUAGAAAAUUUAUUCGAUACAUCAUAAAAGCAAGGGUAUAACAAAUAAAUGUUAAAGCCUUCUAAA